AAUGAGAAUCGAAGAAUCAGUAAAGAAAACGAAAGAAUGCAGAAAAACUCCAUGGAAAAUCAGGAGAGAUAAAUGAAGGUAGCGAGCUCAAUUUCACUAUUAGCAAAGCCAAUUGCAGUGCUCAUAUUCUCACUCUUUAUCACCCUCCUUUUCAUCUUCAUCACUAAUCCAAUCCAGACCCGAACCCGAACCAGAAGCAAAUGGCAGCGGGUCGAAGCAGGAGCUUCAUACUAUGGCUUCAUGGGUUGGGUGAUUCUGGACCAGCCAACGAACCCAUCAAAGGUUUCUUCACUUCUCCUGAGUUUAAUUCCUCCAAAUGGUCCUUCCCUUCUGCCCCACCAAACCCAGUUACCUGCAAUUAUGGCGCUGUCAUGCCCUCAUGGUUCGACAUUCCUGAGAUACCAGUGACGGCUCAUUCUCCAAAUGAUGAAAAUUCUGUGUUGAAAGCAGUGAAAAACGUCCACGCAAUGAUAGACAAAGAGAUUGACUCAGGCAUAAGUCCUGAUAACAUAUUUGUUUGUGGAUUUAGUCAAGGAGGUGCUUUGACCUUGGCUAGUGUAUUGCUUUAUCCCAAAACUUUAGGAGGUGGUGCAAUUUUCAGUGGCUGGGUUCCUUUUAAUCAUUCCUUUAUUGAACAAUUUCCAGCAGACGCUAAGAAGACACCAAUUUUGUGGUCACAUGGAUUAUCCGACCCAACUGUCUUAUUUGAGGCAGGGCAAGCUGGUCCUCCUUUCCUUGAAAAAGCUGGUGUUACCUGCGAGUUUAAGGCUUAUCCAGGUUUAGGACAUUCAAUUAGCACCGAGGAGUUGAAGAACCUUGAAUCAUGGAUCAAGUCACGUUCACAGUACUUGAUACAUAACGCGGCUUGACUUGAUGAUGUUCAUGUUCCAAUCUGUAUGGGUCUAUUUGAUCUUUGCAUUGAGACAGAGACAUACAAGUAUAUCAGUUGUAUCUUUCUGAACUGCUCCAUUGUGGAACCAAUUAAACCUAAUCAAUAUUCUAAUUAUGGAAAGAAAGUAUUUGCUACGUGUAUGAUGUAAAGAGUGUUUUGGGGUGGUCCCUUAAAGAGCUUAAACUCAAUUAUCAUCAUCUUUUUUGUUACUUUUUCUUUGUUAUCUUAUGCACAUAAACAAAUAAAAGUAUGCAGAAGUGAAGAUUUUCUUUAUCAUAUCAAGCUGAUAUUUUAUGAA